AUGCAGUACGACAAGGUUAUCACAGACGACGUUCAACUGUUACGUAUUUGUAAAGAUGACCCGACUGAGCAGCUGUUGUUUGACGAUUGCAAGAAAGAGUGCAGCGCUGCCGACGAGGCGUGCGUGGGCAUCGGCUGGAAGAAUGGGUCGUGGCCCGAGUGCUUCCUGUUGAGCUCGCUGCCGGAAUCAGAUCCCGAAUAUUUUCCCUGCCAGAAAGACGCGUGGGGCUGGCGCGCCUACAUGAAGAAGACGUGGACCCUCUUCGACAUGUUCUUCACGAAGGGAGGUAUCGAGUCCAUCUGGCUCCGGUUCACCACCCUGGCCGCCUACAGCUACUGCCAUGAGGGCUACGACAUAAGCUUCCUGUGGAGGUGGUGGAGCUACCAGUUCACGCACGGCAGCAUCACUCACGUCGGCGCCAACUGCUUCUGCUUCAUGUUGAUCAAGCUCGGCUUUCCCUUGGAGGGCUGGCAGGGAACAGGCAUGUUCGCUGUCAUGUGGACCAUCGGGUUCUAG